CCCAGUCCGCAACGAAAGGAGAGCAGGCAUCGACCGCGUCACCGUCGAGCGAGAAUCGCACGAGGCCGAGGCGAACGAAUCGUCGGAGAGGGAGAGGGGCAGGCACGCGGGGGAGGAGCUCGAGAAGGCGUGGGGGGAAUGGCGACGGGGGUUGCCGCGGCGCCUCCCGUGGUGGCUUCGGCCACGGGAUCGCCGGGGACGGUGGACGAGCAGAAGGCAGCGGGGGUGGGCAUCCUGCUUCAGAUAUCGAUGCUCGUUCUCUCGUUCGUGCUCGGGCACAUCCUCCGCCGCCGCAAAUUCUACUACCUCCCCGAGGCCAGCGGCUCCCUCCUCAUCGGGAUGAUUGUUGGUGGGCUUGCUAACAUAUCAAACACUCAGAAAAGCACCAGGAGAUGGUUUAAUUUUCGAGAGGACUUCUUCCUUCUCUUCUUACUGCCUCCAAUUAUAUUCCAGUCCGGAUUCAACUUAGCACCAAAACCAUUCUUUUCGAACUUCGGUGCUAUCAUAACAUUUGCAAUCCUUGGGACCUUCAUUGCCUCAAUAGUUACAGGUCUUCUAGUCUACGUUGGUGGGUUAAUAUACAUUAUCUACAGGCUCCCAUUGGUUGAGUGUAUGAUGUUUGGCGCUCUUGUGUCAGCAACUGAUCCUGUAACAGUUUUGUCUAUAUUUCAGGAACUUGGCACCGAUACAAAUCUCUAUGCACUGGUUUUUGGAGAAUCAGUUUUAAAUGAUGCUGUGGCUAUAUCCUUGUACAGGACUAUGGCAACUAUGAGGACACACCCUUCUGGACAAAACUUUUUCCUUGUAAUUCUAAGGUUUCUUGAGAAUUUUGUGGGAUCAAUGUCAUCAGGCAUUGGUGUUGGACUCAUUUCUGCUCUCCUCUUCAAGUAUGCAGCACUGGGCGUUGAGAACCUUCAUAAUCUGGAGAGUUGCUUGUUUGUGCUUUUCCCGUACUUCUCGUACAUGCUAGCUGAAGGCAUUGGUCUAUCCGGCAUUGUUUCUAUUCUCUUCACUGGUAUUGUUAUGAAGAGAUACACAUUCUCAAACUUAUCAGAAGAUUCUCAGCGUUUUACAGCCCGCUUUUUCCAUCUUCUUUCAUCACUGGCAGAAGCUUUUGUGUUCAUAUAUAUGGGAUUUGAUAUUGCAAUGGAACGCCAAAGCUGGUCUCAUGUUGGAUUCAUAUUUUUCUCAAUUAUCUUCAUACUACUUGCAAGGGCUGCAAAUGUCUUCUCUUGUGCAUACAUACUGAAUUUGGCACGACCACCACAUUGCCAAAUACCUAGGCAAUAUCAGCAGGCUCUUUGGUAUAGUGGGCUUAGAGGAGCUAUGGCUUUUGCCCUCGCUCUUCAGUCUGUUCAUGAUCUUCCUGAUGGACAUGGCGAGACAAUUUUCACUGCUACCACGUCUAUUGUUGUUCUAACUGUACUACUUAUUGGAGGCUCAACUGGAACGAUGCUUGAAGCUCUACAAGUAGUUGGAGACAGCAACCGUUACCACCAGCUGCACGAGGAGAAUUCUGAUGUCAACGACACUGGUUACAUGGGACAAAAUUACGAUGAAGGACCAUCCACUUCAAGCAAAUUCAAAUCGAAACUUAGAGAUAUAAGGAGAAGCACCUCAUCUUUCGCUUUACUGGACAAAAAUUACCUUACUCCCAUUUUCACCUCACAAAAUGGAGACCGCAAUGAUGACACACCGGAUAAUAGCCCCAUCGCAGAUAAAGAAUUGACGGUAUCCAGAGGUCCUAGCGAUUUGGAGGGACAUGAUUAAUAGUUGCAGAUAUGAAAAGUGUGGUUAUCUUCCAGGAAUCUACACAGUACCUUCCUCUGUCACCAAAAGUCGAGAUACAAAGUGGUUAUUUUCGAGGAAUCUACACAGUACAUUUCUCCAUGUCCGAAUGUCGAAAGUGCAACUAGACAUUCGGACAGAGCUGUAUAAACUGAAUAGGAUAGUUAAACAUAGGAUUAUGAACGUAGAGUUAAACAUAUGUGGAACCUACCAUACUUGAAAUUCUGUUCUGGUCCGUUCCAAAUGAGACUCUGUGCGUA